AUGAUAGUCUCUUGGAAUAUAAGGGGGCUUAAUAAAGUUGGAAAAUUAAGGGAGAUUAGCUCCCAUCUCCUUAAUUUCCAGGCUGAGAUCAUCAUUCUUCUUGAGACUAGAGUGAAAAAGAAUAAUGUUAAAGCAAUAAGAGAGAGACUACAAUGGAAGGGUAGCUUCUUAGACAACUAUGAUCAUCAUGCUAAUGGUAGAAUUUGGGUGUAUUGGGACAAUAAUAAAGUUGAUAUUCGCCAUGUCAAAAGUUCUGAACAAUAUAUCCAUUGUGGAGUCUACGAUCUGAUGGGGAGAUUCAAGUUUUGGUUGACUGCCAUAUAUGCUUUGAAUCAAUUGGAGCAUAGGAAGAUAUUGUGGAAACAGAUGAUUAACCCGCAGAGGCAACUCACAGGGGCGUGGUGUGCUAUGGGCGACUUUAACAAUGUGGCAAAUGCAAAUGGUAGGAUUGGUGGUAACUUGGUGGUGGAAACUGAAUAUGUGGAUUACAAUGAGAUGCUUAGUACCAUAGGCCUAUGUGAAGUGGAUAGUAAGGGAGAUUUUUUCACUUGGUCGAAUAAGCAAAGUGGGAAUCCAAUAUAUUCAAGAAUUGAUAGGGUCAUUGCAAAUGUGGAGUGGCUUCAGGCCAAUGAUAACCUCCAGCUGAAUGUGCUCUCUCCUCCUAUUUCUGAUCAUUCCCUCCUAUCUUUGAGUGAUCCCAUCAAACCAAAACAGAAUAUGAGACCUUUCAGAUUCAGCAACAAUUGGAUUGCUAUUGAGGACUUUCAUGAUAUUGUUAAGGCAAGCUGGGAUAAACCUAUCUCUGGUAGACCCAUGGAAAUCCUGUGGAAGAAACUAGCAAGACUUCAACCUGUUCUUAGAAGACUUAAUAAGCCUAUGAAUGAUAUACACUUAAAGAUUGCAGAAGCUAGGAGUAAUCUUGAGCUAGCUCAGCAGGAUCUCAGAAAUCACCAAAUGGAUGCUCAUCAUAUGGAGAGGGUCAAAACUUGUACUGAUGAGCUUAUUAGAUGGAAUGAUAUGGAGGUUACCAGCCUGAGGCAAAGAACAAAGUUGAACUGGAUAAAAAUAGGGGAUGAUAAUAAUACCUAUUUUCAGGCUUAUUUGAAGGCUAGACACAAUCAUAAAAGUAUUCAAUUUCUUCAGAGAGAUGAUGGGAGCAUUGUGACCUCUCAAGAGGAUAUUGAAGCUGAGUUUCUGAGACUUUAUGGAAAUUUGAUGGGCAGUGCAAAUAUGACAAUUCAACAUAUUGAUAUUGAUGCAAUGAGAAGGGGCAAACAGCUUAAUAAUGAACAGAGAGAUUACUUGAUUAGCAGGGUUACAACUGAAGAGAUAAAAGAGGCUCUGCAGGGCAUUGGAGAUCUGAAGUCACCAGGGGUGGAUGGGUAUGGAGCAAAUUUUUUCAAAGACUGUUGGCUCAUUGUUCGGGAAGAUGUCACCUUGGCCAUUCAGGAAUUUUUCACUUAUGGAAGGAUCCUGAAGAACUUCACUAGAGCUAGUGUGACACUUAUACUAAAAGAUCAAAGAUGCUAA